CACAAAUAGUAGUAGACAGAAAAAAAAAUUCCCCGAGAACACAGAAACCAAAUCACAAUUUAUACUCAACAUGCUGCAGCCCCAGGAUGAGGCACUAAAGGACGAAUGUUCCACUGUAGUUGUAAUGGCUGAAAAUACAUCGGAGGAUCCAUCGGAGGAUGGUUGCCAGGACGGAGCUAAGCAGACACCAGACAGCAGCAUGUCACAUUAUGUGGACGAGGUCCAGUCGAGUCAGAAACAGAUUAACACACGCUUUACAGAACUGCUAAACUUCUUCGAGGGCUAUGCAAAGAUCAUGGAUGUAGAACUGAAGCAGCAGGGCGUGGUUUCCAAUCAACUAGAAUGUAUGCCGACCCAUGAUCAUGAGAAUACGUCGGUUAUCACACAGUCGGUGGAUCACACAGUCAAGACCGCCACCAGUGAGGUGAGCAUUCAGACGUCCUUGUCGCUGCUGGAGCAACAGCAGAAAGCCUCCAAAGUAGUGGAGCAAGGAGUGUUCGUGUACACCACGGAAAAGCCCAGCCAGGCGCUGCAGCAUACCAUCCACAUUGAGGUGGAGAAUGUUCCAUCGGAGACGGAUAUGCAGAGGCCGCCACUCCGCCAGAGAUUUUGCAAAAUUUUGGUCAAUGCCUUGGAGGUUCUUAUCGGCUGCAUGUACAUGGUCGGCGAAAAUAUCACCUAUGUGAUGCUGCUCAGUGUCCUGUGCAUUUGGUGCUUCUAUCGUUGAAAUGUCAAAUAAAAUGCAUUCCUUUUCCUUUAA